AUGCGUCGAUCAAUUAUUUUGUUUUUUGCUAUCGUAUGUCUUUUAUUUAUAACUGUUAAAGCUGACAGUAUUCAAGGAACUGCUAAUAAUAAUGGAAAUAAUCCUUCGUUAUUAAAUAAAGUAAUUUUAACACGUGGAAAAGACAAAAAACAACCUCCUCAAAUUCUUCCUGUUCAAUCUAAUUCUACUCAAACUGCUCAGAAGAGUGUACCUGUGAAAGACAAUCAAACUUCAGCAAAUAAGAUCUCCAACUCAAGUAGUGAUUCACAACCCUGUUGCGGUACUGAUACAAAAACGGGAAAGAACAAUGUUGAAAGUGAAAGUGAAACUAUAGAAAGCAGGGUAUUCGAAACUGAAGAAGUCGUGGUUGAUGAUGUUCCAACAAUAGUGGAAUGGUAA